UGUGCACUCCAGGACAGCAGCCCCGCCCCCCUAACUGGGCAGCUACACAAAGCCCCGCCUCCUUCCACAAGCUGAUGCAGUCCGGGUUUGUCAGCACUUCCCACAUCUGGUCAUGUGACCAGUGACGUCACACACCUCCUUCUAACGACUCCAGCAUCUACCGUCCUGUUGUUACUUAAUAUCGAUGGUAGAAGGUCUGAGGAGCAGUAAGUGCGGUUCUGGAUCUCACUAAUGCUCUUGUCCCUGGAGGAUUUCCAGCCUCCUCUCCUCAUAAAGGCGCCUGCAGUACUAGAAGCCUCCAGCUCCUCCAGUUCUCUCCUCUUCUCCUGAAUCACCACCAAGGAUGGACAGGAAGGAGAUCAGCAGAAGAAUAUUAGACUUCACCUUGGAGAUCAUCUCCCUGCUGAGCGGAGAGGAAUACACCAUAGUGAAGAAAACAUCAGGGGAGACUCCCAUCAUCCAUGAGUCAGAAGUGUGGAGCAGGCCCCCCAUCACAGAGCCUCCCCCCCUAAUACAUGAGCAGAAGAUCCUAGAACUUGCCCACCAGAUGAUUGAGCUGCUGACUGAAGAGGUUCCUGUAAGGUGUCAUGAUGUGGCGGUCUAUUUCUCCAUGGAGGAGUGGAAGUAUAUAGAAGGACACAAGGACCUGUACAUGGACGCCAUGAUGGAGGAUUCCCGGCCUCUGUCAUCACAAGGAAAUGCCAAUAAGAACUCUGCGGGAACCAUCAUGUUAUCGCCGGUAGAAAAUGGAGCUAUCAUUCCGCACUCUUCAGGAGAAAACCUUAUUACCCUGCUUGUAUAUCCAGGGCUUCUCGUUUCAGAUCCACGUAAUCCAAAUAAUAAUAAGCAACCUUCUGACCAAUCACAGGUUGUUCUCACAAGUAUACCACAGUCGCAUCUUGGUACACAUCAGAAAACUUACGUAGGAGACAGGCGAUAUCCCUGUUCACACUGCGGUAAAUGUUUUGUCAAUAAAUCACAUAUGGUUAUACAUGAGAGAAUUCACACAGGGGAGAAGCCAUUUCCAUGCUCAGAAUGUGGGAAAUGUUUUACAAAUAAAUCAGAUCUGGUUAAACAUCAGAAACGUCACACAGGAGAGAAGCCAUUUCCAUGUUUAGAAUGUGGGAAAUGUUUUAUUAGUAAAGCCAAGCUUAGAGAACAUCAGAGAAUUCACACAGGAGUGAGGCCGUAUUCAUGUUCAGUAUGUGGGAAAGGUUUUUUGGAGAAAUCACAUCUUAUUCAACAUGAUAGAACUCAUACAGGAGAGAAGCCAUAUUCAUGUUCUGAAUGUGGCAAAUCCUUUAGAUGUAAAUCAAGACUUGUUGCACACCAGUUAUAUCACACAGGAGAGAAGCCGUAUUCAUGUUCUGAAUGUGGCAAAUCCUUUGCAUAUAAAUCAAGACUUGUUAUACAUCAAAGAAAUCACACAGGAGAGAAACCGUAUUCAUGUUCAGAAUGCGGUAAAUCUUUUAUUUGUACUGCCACUCUUAAGGAGCAUCAGAGAAGUCACACUAGAGAGAAGCCAUAUUCAUGCUCGGUAUGUGGAAAAUGUUUUUCAGAGAAAUCGCAACUUUUUAAACAUAACAGAACUCAUAAAGGAGAGAAGCCAUAUUCAUGUUCGGUAUGUGGGAAAUGUUUUAUGGGGAAAUCACAACUUAUCAUACAUGACAGAUCUCAUACAGGAGAGAAGCCAUUUUCAUGUUCUGAAUGUGGCAAAUCCUUUAGGUAUAAAUCAAGUCUUUUUACCCACCAGAGAUAUCACACAGGAGAGAAGCCGGAUUCGCAAUGCCAAUCAUAAGGUGGAGUUACACUGUGCAAUCGUCGGGCAGAUUUUUGGGAGUGAAUGCUCGUUCCUGACAGUCUGCCUGUGUUAAACUGCAGGAGAUCACCCAAUGAAAGAGCGAAACACUCAAUCAACUGUCAUUAGUGCAGUCACCUAAAUUGUUGUUUCUGGGCAGCAGAUUGCACCGUCUAAACUCCCCAGACACAAUGCAGCUAUAUGAGCAUGAGUGAUAGCAAUAGUGAUCCCUCGUCCUCAUACUGUGGAGGGGAUCGUUGCAUGUAAAUGCAGUGCUUCAACUUCAAUGACCGAGCAGCCGACUGUCGGUAAGGCAAGCUUUCUUCUCGACAAUCUGUUGCUCAUCUAUGUAUGCAAAUGUGCCUUUAGGGAUCAUCAAAGAAGUCACAUAGGAAAAAAACCAUCCACAUUCCAAAUGUGAACAAAUGUUUUAUGAUGAAAUCAAAAUUUGAAACUCAUCAGAAAAGAAACUAAAUUCCUGUGUGCUGUGUUGGAAAUGCAAAACCAGAUGUACAACCCAACACUAAAUGGGAUUUAUUUUUUGAGUGGAAAACUCCUGGAUUUGCCAAACACUCAUAAUAUUUACCUUAGAGAAAAACAUUGUAGGUAUAAGAAAGAAGAGAGGGGCCUUGUUUACUGCCAGAGCAGUGAAGAUGAAGUCCCUAUGAACCUUGCAUCUUCUUAGUGUAUUCAUACCUCCACCCACACUGCGGCAGACUCCAGAGGAAGGACUCCCCAUGUAGACUGUUAUGUAACGUGGACAUAUUGAUAUUCGAUCUUCAUUCAUAUCGUUUAUAAUGACAAAGGUGAUGCAAUUAAUAUAAAAACUAAUAAAUAGAAUUUACAAUCA